GUGUGUUCAUGGAGAAUUCCUCCCCUUCGGCAAAUUCGAGGUGCCAUCAGAGACAACAGACAAGGGGGGUCUGUUCAGUGCUGUAGAUGCUGCAGGAGACUGGAACAGACAUUGCUUGAUACUGAAUGCAGCGGCCGGGUAGGAUAACGUCACACGCCUAGGAGGACAACGAUACUUCACUGAACGGCAGCCCAUAGCGCAGGAAUGGACAAUAAGGCGUUGGAACCCGAUUCUGUGAGUGUCCCCAUGGAGGACAGAGACGGCCAGCCUCUAGCCCAGCUUCCGCCUCAGCAGCAGCAGGAGCCAUCCAUGUUGACCCACCUGAAGAAGGUUGAGAACGAGAUCACUGAGGCGCAGCGUUUCUCCCACCUCCCCAAACGCUCGGCCGUUGACCUGGAUUUCACCGACCUCUCCUACACCAUCCAAGAGGGGCCGUGCUGUAGGAGGAGAGGUUACAAAGCGUUACUCAAAUGUCUGUCCGGGAGGUUCUGCAGUCGAGAGCUAAUCGGAAUCAUGGGGCCCUCAGGGGCCGGGAAGUCCACCUUGAUGAACAUUUUGGCUGGAUACAGGGAAACGGGGAUGAAGGGUCAGAUCCUGGUAAAUGGUAAACCCAGGGACCUGAGGACAUUCAGGAAAAUGUCCUGCUACAUCAUGCAGGAGGACAUGCUGCUGCCACAUCUCACUGCACGGGAGGCCAUGAUGGUUUCAGCAAACUUGAAGCUGAAUGAAACUAUGGAUGUGAAGAAAGCACUGGUGAAUGAGAUUCUGACUGCCUUAGGGCUCCUCGAAUGUGCUCACACUCGCACCAGCUCGCUGUCAGGAGGUCAGUGUAAACGGCUGGCCAUCGCCCUUGAACUGGUCAACAAUCCUCCGGUCAUGUUCUUUGAUGAGCCCACCAGUGGCUUAGACAGUGCAUCCUGCUAUCAGGUGGUCUCACUAAUGCGUUCUCUGGCGCUGGGAGGACGGACCAUCAUCUGCACCAUCCACCAACCUAGUGCCAAACUGUUUGAGAUGUUUGACAAGCUUUACAUUCUCAGUCAGGGACAGUGUAUCUACAAAGGCACGGUCCCUUACCUCAUCCCCUAUUUGAAGAGUCUGGGCCUUUACUGUCCUACCUACCACAAUCCUGCAGACUUCAUUAUUGAAGUUGCAUCUGGAGAGUAUGGAGACUUGAACCCUGUGUUGUUUGAGGCAGUCCAAGGUGGAAUGUGCGCAAUAGAGGAGAAGAAGAACCAGUGUGGUAACAAUGGCACGUCAGUGUGUGCAACAAAGUACCCCACGAAUAACGGACACAUAGAGAGCCAUACUUUUGCGACAAGCACUCUAACACAGUUCUGCAUCCUCUUCAAGAGAACCUUCAUAACAAUAUGUCGAGACCAGGUUUUGACCCACCUCAGACUGAUGUGCCACAUCUCCAUAGGUGUGUUAAUAGGCUUGCUCUAUCUGAACAUUGGCAAUGAUGCCAGCAAGGUCUUUAACAACACUGGGUUCCUCUUCUUCUCCAUGCUUUUCAUCAUGUUUGGUGCGCUCAUGCCAACCGUGUUAACUUUUCCUCUGGAGAUGUCUGUGUUCCUGAGGGAGCAUCUUAACUACUGGUACAGCCUGAAAGCCUACUACCUUGCCAAGACCAUGGCUGAUAUUCCAUUCCAGGUCAUCUGCCCCAUCAUGUACUGCAGCAUAGUGUACUGGAUGACAGAACAGCCUCCUGAGGCCAGCCGCUACCUGCUCUUCAUAGCCCUGUCCAUCUGUACUGCCCUGGUAGCCCAAUCCCUCGGCCUGCUGGUUGGGGCCGCUUCCACCUCACUACAGGUAGCCACGUUUAUUGGACCUGUCACAGCUAUCCCAGUGCUGCUUUUCUCUGGAUUCUUUGUGAACUUCGAUACUAUCCCCAAGUAUCUGCAGUGGAGUUCCUAUGUGUCUUAUGUCAGGUAUGGCUUUGAAGGCGUGAUCCUGUCCAUCUAUGGGAUGAACCGUUCUGAGCUGGAGUGUCCUGGGAAGGUUUGUAGGUUCCAACAGCCGGAGGAGGUUUUACAGUUACUGGAUGUGGAAGACGCAAAGCUCUACAUGGAUUUCAUCGUUCUGGGCAUUUUCUUCAUCAUCCUAAGACUGGCCACCUACCUUGUCCUCCGAUACAAAGUCAAGUCUGAGCGAUAGGUUAUUCCAAACAAAUGGUUUUUAAAGCCUAAUGUUAUUGUAGAACUAAUCGUUUCCUAUGCACAAAAAACAACCUCUGUCAUGUGGGAAUUCCUUUCAUUUGAUUUUACAAGUAACUGCUAAAAGGACAGAAUAUAAAUUCUGACUGACGAUGUUUAGCAGUGAAGAGUCAUCUAAUAAAUUAACAUACACUGUUUUUUACCUCAGACAUCAGAACAUGACUUCUCCACACAACGCCUGAUCAGUCCGAAAAAAUAUUGAGCCUCGUUCAGCACAAUAUACUUUCAUAUUCCUGCAAGACAGAACAGGUUUUGACAACAAGGCAGAUGCGUAAAUAAAGUGUUUACAUUCCUCUAUUAGCCAAAAAACUUGAGGGCAAACUUGUUGUACGGGAGAACAAGCCUGAUAUGUUGUGCAUGAAAGCAUUUAAAAUGAAUUCUAAUUUUUCAACAAUAACCAUGGGUACAUUAUAUCUGCACACUGGAUGAGAGCAGUAUGUCCGAGCUAGUUUUCCUCUUUUUCAUUGUCUCAUUUAUUUUUCUGUGUAUCAGUCUAAUCACUGUUUGAGCUAGUGUCUUUUUUUAAACAUGUUGAUAGUUGUAAAUUUAGCUUUGCCAUGAUUGCGUACCAACAUUUGGUAUUUUUUCUACUACCAUAAUAUAAUCUAAAAUCGUCAUGAUCUUAGUUGAAACAUAAUUUUUCAGCCUUAAUCAUUUUGCUGUAUUAUCUUUAGUUUUAUAUGUACAUUACCAGUCAAGAGUUUGGAAACACUUUCUUAUUCACUUGAAUGGGAAAGCGUGUCCAAACUUUUGACUGGUACUGUUGACUGGUACUGUAUAUAUUCAAUAUCAAUUUAUUUAAGCAAAAUAGUUGAAUAACCCACUUCAAUCAUUAUUAUUUUGUUUCCACAUUACAGCCAGUAAUGCCACAUGGACACAACAUGCUCACGCAGUCGUGUUUGGUGCUAUCUGAAGUCAUGUUUUAUUUUACUUCCGUAUUAUUAUGAAAAAGAAUGUAUGCAACUUGACUGCACAUUAUAAGGGUACUUGGCACAGAACAACCAAAGACAAUUAAAUGUAAAGAGGUGUGUGAGUGUGUGUGUGUGUGUGUGUGUGUAAGAGAGGUAUAAUUAUAUUCCUAUCAACAAUUCCCUGAUUAAUUCAGUAUAAAUGUUAAGUGAACACCUUGUCAUCCCCUCCCGCUCUGACAUUGCUAUAAAACCUCCACAUCUGGGAGGACUCAGUUGUGUCUCAGUUUGAGCAAAGACACCAUGCAAAGAGAACUCAUUAGAACUCAUUGCCACCCCUGUCUGCCAUUUCCCGUACCACUUUGUUAAAAAGAGGCAAGUCAACCAAGAUGGCCCAACUGUGCUCACACCCUUCAGCAUCUCAGGGCAAAUGUCAUCUACCCCAGGUGCCUUACCACUGUAGAUCUUAUCGACUACCUCAGAGAGACAUGAAAUAGGGCUUCCUCUGAGUUCCACCUCCUGUGUGAAAGGGUAAUAUCCGUUGGUCAGGCAGUUGGGUUCAGGAGUUUUUGGUUCCAGCGAACAAUAAUAACCUUGGUCACUUGUUUCUACUCACCACCAGGUGGUGGUCAGUUGACAGCUCCGCUAUUCUCUUCAACAGAGUUCCUCAGGUAAUAUCUUGAGAUGAUGACACCACUACGAAGUGGAUAGUCCCUUGGCCUUUGACAUAAGGUCAUCUGGUACCACAUACAUUAGUGAACAUCUUAACAAUUGCACAUCUCUCAGGUUCCAAAUAAGCCAGGCAAGAAUGCUGAACUUUUGUUCGGUGCACAAGCGUGACAUGAAAGUGACCCUCUCAUUCUCUAAGGACAACCAAAACAGUGGCACUCAUCUUUUUUAGCCUCUCCUCUUGGUUACUCUUCUCUCACCACACGCACCAGCAUACAAAAAAUAACCAGGUCUUGUUUGCAAAUGUUCGCUUAUUUUUCACUCCAACUAAUAAACUUGUUUUGGCACCA